AAAGCUAGCACCUGUUGCCGUAGUCACCGAGGACGCCAUUUCUUGUGGUUGUUUUGAAAAAUGCCUCCAAAGAAGAAAGGUGGGAAGAAAGGAAAGAAAGGAAAGGGUGGCAAAGAUGACGAUGGCGAUGAACCGAAACAAAAGCCAGCAACCCCUGAACCUACAGAAAAAGAACUUAUUCUCCAGCAAGAAUUGGUAAAGGUGACAUCCGAUUUGGAGAAUGCAAGGAAAAAGGUUGAAGAUUUACGGAAGGAGAAUGAUUGGUUACAACAGGAGGCAAACAGAGUCCGCAAUGAGAGUCACGAAUACAUGAGUUAUAUGGAGAAGAAAACCAGUAAGAGACAGACGACCAUCAUCACACUGAGCGAUCACAACAAACAACAAAUUCGCAAUAUCCUCCUAGAAAAGGAAAUUAUGGAAAAGGAAUUUGAUGAAAGGAAACAGGCUCUUGAAAUCUUGCUACUGGAAAAGCAUAAUUCUUUAAAAAAGACAAAAGAUGAAUUGGCAGACCUCACACCAUUAAAGACCUUACAAACAGAACAACUCAACAAGAUCAAGGAGCUUGAGAAGGAGGUGAUGCAGAUGAGGACGAAACACUCGGAAACUAUCCAGUCACUCAAGUCCACUUUCCUUAGAGACAAACGAGAAUUCCAAAGUGACUCAGAAAAUAGAAUUGCCACCUUACAGAAAAAGGCAAAUAAG